GCUCGAGGACGAGAGCGACGAGGACGACGCCGCCGGAGGAGCGGGCGGCGGAGGCUUCCCUGAGGACCAGGGAGAGCCCGAGGGAGGGGGGCGAGACCCCUCCGGCCCGGGCGAACGGGAGGACCCCCCCGGGACCACCAACGACCCCCCUGCGCCCUCCGCCGCGCCCGGAGGUCAGGGCGCUCCCGAGGACACCACGGCGGCGGCAACGGCGGCGGCGCGUGCCUUGAGCGGCAGGGCCCGGGGAGGGGGGUCAGGGUCCCCGUCCGGGCGGGCCCCCUCCCCCCCCGCCGCUGGCCAGAGCCCGGCCGCCUCGCCCCUCGCUCGCCACAGUCUGCCACGGGGCACUCAGCGUCACCCACGCCCGACUCACCUCGCUGCCCCGCGCCUUCCCUCCCGCCCACGCCACGCCCGCGACGCCCACGGGGCCCAGUGCCGUGCCAGUGACCGAGUGCCACCGUGCGAGGAGGCGCAGUUCGAGUACGAGGAGGAGCGUUCGUACGAGCAAAUCUUCGAGGAGUUCGAGGACGAGCGCGAGAGCCCGGACCGCGCCGCUAGUGUCGCGCGCGCGUGCCAUGACAAGGCGCUGGUGCCAGUGACAGCCCGACACGCGAGCCAGGCCGACGGCGCCUCUGACAGUGCCUUGGACAGGGACGGCGAAGCGAUGGUCGCGAGGACGUCCCCCGCCACCCAGUCGGGGAAGGCCCUGGCGCCAUGCCCCCCCGACCAGCUACAGGCGCUCUCCGCGCUCACGCUGCAGGUCAAGGAGGCGGCGGCGGACCCGUCAGGUGCCCUGCGACAGCCCGCGCCCGCCUCCAGUGCCAAGGAGGGGGCACAGCCAGCCCCCGAGGGCGACGCCCCCGCCAGCUCUCCCGCCACGCUCUCCCAGGGCGAGGGCGAGCGGCAGGAGGAGCGGCACGAAGAAGGCCCUCCGGAAGACGCAGCCGAAGAGCCCGACUUCCCACCCCCCCAGUGGUGCACAGAGCAACUGGACACGCCGGAGAGCGAGUUGGAGGAAUCGCCGACAGAUGGCAGCGUGAGAGCUGAGCCAAUCAUCGCCGUCGUCGUCGAUUCGGGCGGCCAAUCACAGGGCGCCGACGAGGAAGGCAGCCAGGACGGUCUUCAGGAUGAUACAGGUGGCGGCGGCAACGUGAGCGUGUCCGCCUGCGAGCACCGCUACACCAGCACCUCGGGAGGGGCGCCGCCCCCCUACUCGCGGCUGCCUCCUGACGGCCAUGAGUUCCCCAGCAGCUACGCCGAAGGCCUCCCCGACAAGCUGUCUCGCUUCGCCCGUUACUCGCGCCUGGCCAUGGAGCUGGACAGCCCCACCAGCCCCGGCAGCCCCCCGCCGUCCUCCACCUCCACGCCCCGCCCGCGCUCGGCCCCGGGCACGCCCCUAGGGCCUCCGCCGCCCAUCCCCCGCACCUCGUCCUCCUCCUCGAGCUCCAAGGCGUACGCGGCGGAGCGCGGCUCGGACGGCGGCAGCAAGUGGUCGCUGUACUCGGGCGGCGGCGAGGAGCGGCGGUCGCGCGAGGCCACGCCCACGCGCGGCCGCUGGCGCCGCCAGGACGAGCGCAGCGAGCGCAGCGUCCGCGACAAGAUCGCCAUGUUCUCGACGGACGGGCCCGACCAGCCGCACCCGAAGACGCGCAAGCUGGACAAGGCGGAGGGCGACGAGGCCACCAUGAAGCGCGCCUUCACGGAGGACGACGUGCGCCUGGAGUCGUCGGGGUCGUCCUCGGGCGGCAAGGCGGGGCUGCGCGACGGCUCCCGCUCGCUCAGCAAGACCUCGGCCUUCAGCUCCAUGAUUAACGUGAGCACCGCCGAGCCCAAGGACGGCGCCAAGAUGUCGACGGCCUCCAGCGAGGUGGACAUCCGGCAGGAGCUCCCCCCCACGCCCCGCCGCGCCGACCUGCGCGACAGCAAGAGGGCCGAGAGCGACGCCUCGUCCUCCGGCGGCCUCCACGCCCGCUCGCAGAGCCUCAUCGACAUCGGGCGGACGUCGCUGACCAAGCGGCACAGCGUGGGCGCCUACGACCGCCCCUCCGUGUACCAGUACGGCGUGGAGAAGCCCGAGGACCGCGAGCGGCGCACGUCGCUCUCCAACCUGAUCGAGCAGCGGCGGAAGAGCCUGAGCAAGCUGCGCGGCCUCGUCAUCCCCGAGAGCCGCGCCAACGAGGGCCUCGAGAAGACGCCCAUCGACCUCCCGAAGAUCGCCAGCAUCCCGCCCGCGUCCGCCCUCAAGACCAUGUCGCUGCCGCGCGAGGGCCAGCGCUCGCCGCGGCUCUACAAGGCCGACUCCAUCUCGAGCAUCGACUCGUGCGAGUCCAACACCAGCCGACAGAGCUCGCUCAACGCCCCGCCCUGGAAGAGCGCCGCCGCCGCCCCCAGCGCCCUCCCCAAGUACUCGCCGGCCUUCAAGAGGAAGAACAUCGCCGUCUUCAACAAAUGUGAUAACUUACCUCCCCCGAGCGGGCGCGCGCACAGCACCCGCAGCGCCUCGCCCACCAGCGACUUCUCGCAGGCCUCGCCCGUGCCGCCCGCCACCACGCCGCCCAAGAGCCUGGAGAGCAUCACCACGCCCAGCUCGGAGCACGCCUUCGAGUUCUGCGAGACCAAGUACUCCAGCGACAGACACGGCUACGGCAAGCUCUCGCUCUCGCAGAAGAGCUCGCUCGACUCCAGACUCAGCCGCGCCGAGGACAGCGACAACGACUCGGCGGUGAGCUCCACGCAGUCCAGCUUCUCGCAGGGCAUCUCGCCGCCGUCGUCGCCCAUGCCCGAGCAGGAGGACCACGACGACCGGAGCUCCAGGGCGUACCGGUCGCGCCUCUCCCCGCAGAGCUCCUUCGACGAGCAGGACUCGGCCAGAAGAGUCCUGAAGCGCGGCAGCAUCGAGGCCGAGAACAGACGGAACGUGCUCAACUCGGCGCGCUGCAGCUCGGGGCGGAGCAGCGACGAGCAGCUCACGCCUGAGAUCAUCCGCAAGUUCUCCUCGGAGCGGACGGAGGAGACGGACAGAUUCCCCAAGCGGCUGGACACUGAGCUCCGGGAGGGGCCCAAGACGACCGGCCUGCGUCGCCAGCCGUCGUCGUCGUCCACGUCGUCGGCCGCCUCGUCGCGGCGGUCGUCGCACGACUCGUCCAGACGGAACUCGCGCGACUCGGUGAUCCACGUGGCCAAGCACGACGAGGUGAAGGUGUCGGCCGAGCCCGUGUACUUCGACCAGGAGGGCGAGAUGUACAAGGAGUCGCAGCUGAAGGUGGCGUACCUCAACGAGAUCAUGGACGACUUCGAGCAGCUGACCGAGGCCGCCAACGAGGAGGUGAUCGCCGAGAUCCCGAUGUCAGCCUCGCGGCGCGUCGUGGAGCAGCCCGAGGCCAGCGACAGCCCGCGCGCGUCGCCCACGCGGCGCUCCGAGCGGUGGGCGGCCCUGGAGAUGAAGUACGGGUCGUCCGGCGGCGGCGACGACAUCGAGACCAAAAUCCAGAGACUAAGAAGGACGUCGGACGCCUCGUCGCCCGAGAGGAGCAAGAAGUCGCAAGGGUUCCGCGCCCUGGCCGACAAGUGGCAGCAGCGGGCGGAGGAGGACACCUCGGCGCCGCAGCCUCAGUUGACGCGCAGAGAGAGCGGCAGCCGGAUGGACCUGCCGUCGCGCCCCAACCGCCUCUACGACGAGCGCGCCGCCGCCCAGGAGCACCCGACGCGGCCCGCGCGCCUCUGCGACGAGCCCUCCGAGGGCAAUGGCAGCCGGCCGGCGCGGCCGACGUCUCUCUACGCCGAGUCCAGCCUCUCCUCCUCGAGCAGCAGCAGUGCCAGUGAGGUCCGCAGCGGCAGAGUCGACAUGCCUGACCGAAAGCUGUCCAUGCCGGAGUACGGCAGCGGCGGCAUCAAGAUGCGGGAGCGCCGCGAGGGCGGCAACGGCGGCGCCCCUUCGCGCCCCACCAGCCUCAUCGAGGGAGGCGACGCCUCCAUGAUGGACUCGCACUACCUGAGCGCCGCGCCGCUCAGCCCCGCCGCGUCCACCGACUCCCGGGAGGACCUCCUCGACACGCCGGAAGCCCUGUCGCGCACGGCCAGCAAGGAGGUGCUCGACGCCUUCUCGCGCCCGAAGACGUCGGUCUCGGGCGUGUCCCUCCCGCGCUCGGGCGCCUCCAACACCCCGAAGAUGGCCGAUAUCAUGCGAGCCUUCGAAAGGCACGACCUGGGCAAGCGAGGCGCGCCCUCCAGCGGCGCCUCCCACCCGCGCAUGUCCUCCCUCGACUCCACCAACAGCGACGACGGCUCCAUGGGCGCGCACUACGGCUCCGUCACAUCCCUCGCGUCCGGCCAGAGGGACCAGUACGGCUCCAUCACGUCCCUCGCGUCGUCCACGUCCCUCAUCUCGCCGCAGGAAUUGGCGCAGCUGAUCGAGGAGGCCAACCAGUCCCUGGAGGAGUCGGGGACGCCCUCGCACGAGAUCCUGGUGGUGGUCCUGCACCGCGAGAUCGUCGGCCACGGCUCCAUCGGCAUCACCCUGGCAGGAGGCGCUGACUAUGAGGCGAAGGAGAUCACGGUCCACAAGGUGAUUCCCGGGAGCCUGGCAGACCGCGACGGCAGAAUCCAGCGCGGCGACCGAGUGCUGUCCAUCAACGGCAAGAACCUCCGCGGCGUCACGCACAGAGAGGCCCUGUCCAUCCUCAAGUCCCCCCGCCCCGAAGUCGUGCUGGUGCUCUCCCGCAGCCGGUCGGUCACGCCCCAGGAGUCCAGCCUGUCCGAAGCCGACGGCGCCUUCAGCCACCGCCCGGCGCUCAUCAACCACGUGACGUCACCGCGGCCGCCCAAGAUCCUGGAGUCACCCAUGGACAGCAAGAGCCUCGUUUCAGACACAGAUUCCGGCCUGGUUCCCCGAGGGCCUCCUCUCACCAUCACCCUGGUCAAGGAUGGGGCUGGACUCGGCUUUUCUCUGGAGGGCGGAAAGGACUCUCCCCUGGGUGACAGGCCUCUCACCGUCAAGAAAGUGUUUAGUGGUGGUGCAGCAGACAAGGGAGGAAUCCUCAAGGUUGGAGACGAGUUAGUCAGCGUGAAUACAGUGGAUGUCACCAGCAUGGCUCGCAUCGAAGCGUGGAAUUUCUUGAAAAAGCUCCCCGACGGCACAGUGUCCCUUGUGCUAAGGCAGAAGGUUGAAGAGACACAGAUGAAGAGUGAAGAGUAACAGCUAAUAAUGUUAUAUUACUGUAGACAAUAUAAUUCAUUUAGUUUUGUAACAACUUGAAGAAUAAUCAAAUUUCAGUAUUACUUCCAAGAGUUAGAAGAAGGACUUGUCUGCCAAGUUGGACCAGUUUGGCAUCGCAGAGUUUUUAUUGAAUGAGAGUGAAAAGGGUCUGAGAUUGUGGAAGAUAAAAGCAAGGAUAAUCAGUGAUUCAAUUGUGCUAGCUUAUAUGUUGAGAUAGUUAGGGUAUCACUUUUGUAAGUGUUUUGAUACAUACUAAUAACAGUACUUUGACUUAAUGAUUUUUUUUAUAAGAUUACUAGGUGAAUCAUUGCAUUUAUACAUAACUAUUCUGUACUUUGACACACUGUUAGGAGAAAAGCAUUUUGUAGCAUAACAAGAUAAGAGUCAAACUAUAUUUGAUACGGUAUAGAAUUAUAAGUAUCUUGUGGAUUUUAUGCAUUUAUAGCUUACAAGGACAGAAGUUGCAAGUUGAAUAAACAGAAUAACAGCAACAUAAGAAAGGUCAAAGUACAUUUGAUUGAUUAAGGGCCAGGACUUCACCUAAUCAAUAGGUUGCUUCAAGUCUGUUUUACAUAAUGUGUACUAUGUAAUAGUAUACAGUAUUUAAGAAUAAGUGAUUGUGAUGUAUAUUAAAAAAAAACAAGAAGUGAGAGAGAUGCUGUACACUGUCGAGUUAGUCUCAUUAGCAAUACUGGAAACCUUUUUAAAAAACCGAAAUACAUUUGGUGGAGGCUUUAGCCAAUGAUAGCCUAGUUGGGGAGUGUGGUGCUAGGGCUGUGGCAGGGUGAUGGUGGUGCAGCCUUUCCAGGAUUCGCCCCGCCCGCUGCCGUUCACCGGGCGGGCGCGAACGUCUCGAGCUGGGGGGUGUGUUUACCCAAGAGCUGGUGUGGCUGCUGAAUCUGCCGACCCUCAUCUGUGAUAUUCUCCUGUUGACAGACUGCUUUGUGUAUAAUUGUACUCUCCCAUACACCACGAUGAUUUGUGCUCAGCUGCUCAUAUAUAGCUUUUGGAAGGCUAGGUAGUCGUAGCAGUUUUCUCACUUGGAUGAUUUCUUCUAUAUUUAUAUAAAUAUAUAUAUCUAUAUAUCUUUUAAUGAUCUUUUUUCACACAAUGUUAUUUUAGCUAUGGAUAUGAGGAUUUAGUAUGUAACGGAGGGUUGCGCUUCUGUAACAGUACUGAGUCUUCUUUUCAUUUCCUCUGCAUUAUCUCUGUGCAGAAAUAUAUUUGUAAAAAAGAAAAAGAAAAAAAAACUUCACAGGUUGGAAAAAAUGUAUAAAUCUCUAAAUUUCCUUAAUUACCACAAAGCAGCCGCCAGAAAGUUAGUGAAUGGUGUAUUUUGUUCGAGCAAAAUAGACCCUUUCUUAAUUUUCCUCUUUCUAUGUCAUAUUGUAUCCCAGUAAGCACGCAGCUGCUACAAAGAUGCAUUAGAGGAAUCUACACAUGGAAGUAGAUUCUUUGUAAAAUAUUGUACAUACUGUUUUUAUGAUUUGUAUCAUUACAUAUAGUUAUAAUCCUCUCUCCUUUUUUUUUAUUAACUGAGGAUUCAUUAUAUUACUUCUAUGAAAUAUAUUACAAUUUUUUUUUCCUUUUGUUGUGCUUGGCAGAAAAAAAGAAAGAAAAAAAAGGCUAAACAUCCCCUUCCCCUUUUUUUUAAUCUUUUUUUUCUUAAUUUUUUUUUUACUUACAACGUUCGCUAUCGCUGCAUUGCCCAGUCGGACUUGUGGUUAGAGUAGAGCCGCAGGGGAGGGCCACGCGCUGUGGCACUCCUGUGGCACAUCCUUGCUUUAUAAUGGGUUUUUGCUUUAAUAGAUAUGUUGGUUAUACUCUCUAUUGGGUUAUCCAUUGUUACUAUUAUUAUUAUUAUUAUUAUUAAUAAUGUAAAGAUGAAAAAAGUAUUAGUAAGUACAUUAUCGUGUAUAUAAAAUCACCGUAGUUCAAGAAAACAUUUAAAAAAACAAGGAAAAAAAAGAGCCAAUGUUACUAUAUAGUUAGAUCCUGAGCUUGUACGGGAGAGUGGACCUAAUAAAUCUGAUCAUGCCAUA